GCGCCGCGCCGGGGCCCCGGGGCCAUGUUCGUGCAGGAGGAGAAGAUCUUCGCGGGGAAGGUGCUGCGGCUGCACGUGUGCACCGUGGAGGGCGCCGAGUGGCUCGAGGAGGUGGCGGAGGACACCACGGUGGAGAAGCUCAAGGAGCGCUGCCUCAAGCACUGUGUACCUGGGAGCUUGGAGGAUCCAAAAGCCGUGACACAUCAUAAGUUGAUACAUGCUACUUCUGAGAAGGUGCUGACAGACACAAAAACAGUGUUAGAGGAGAACAUUCAAGAUAGAGAUGUCUUGCUCUUAAUAAAGAAGCGUGUACCCCCUCCACUCCCCAAAAUGGCAGAUGUAUCAGCAGAGGAGAAAAGGAAACAGGAGCAGAAAGCUCCUGAUAAGGAAGCUAUUCUCAAAGCAACUGCAAAUCUGCCUUCUCGCAAUGUCGAUCGCACUGUGGCUCAUCACAACAUGAGGGAU